UUCAGCAGAGCCCGCCUCUUGUCAAACAUGUGUGUGGGUGUGGCUGGCUUGUAGGUUAUAUCAGAAAAAGGAUCAUGAAAACGAAAGUAUCCUAUUGCGAACCACAGAAUGGCGUCUGCCCAUAUCUCUGAUCAGGAAAACCCUUCUGAGAGUGAAUCUGACGUCAGUGAUGAGUCUGAGAGUGACGGACAUUCAGAUAUAGAAGCUGAUUGUCAGGUUCAUGGGGGAGAGCCCUGCAAGUAUUAUAACAGUCGUGGCUGUCGGGAUGGUGAAAGGUGCCCUUACUUGCACGUCUGCAAGUAUGCUCUAAAAGGAAACUGUCGCCACGGGUCCAGCUGUAAGCUGCGCCACCCCAGAGGUGGAAGGGCAUCCUCUGGUGCAAGCAACCGGGCUUUGGACCGAUCAACAUCUAGUGAUCCAAAGCUUACUGAUGGCCGAUGCUACCAGUGGCAGCUGAAUGAUGGAAAUGACUGGAUGGAUGUUGAUAAUGAUCACAUUAUCGAGGCCCAGUACUCGCUGCCCCAUACCAAAAGCAUUAAAAUCUACAACACACCUUAUGGGGCAGUGAGUAUAGAUUUUAACAAGAUGAGAGUGUAUGGAAAGAGUCUGAGAGUGAGACGUUUGGAUGAUGGUAACACUGUGUGGAUUUGGUACUGCACCUUGGGUCGGAAGUGGAUCAAGUACGGAGACAAGGAUUCGAAGGGCAACCCCAGUCCUGUGAAGUGCUCUGACAUAGAGGAGAAGUUCAAAAGUAACCCAACAAGCUCUUUUACUUUCAACAUCGGCGCUGAUACCUUUGAGAUCAGAUUCAGAGACAUGCGACAGGUGGGUAAAAAAAGAAAUAGGAAAGUUACUCGUCGACCACUGUACCGACAACAGCAAGCAGGAGCACGAGUUUCUCAAGCUGCCUCAACUCUUCAGAGUCUUUCUCUGGGCACCAAACCACAGUGGCAGUUUGAGGGAGACAGUGGAGCAUGGCACGAGUUCAAACACAGGAGCGGCACUUCAACUGAAUGCUCAGUAACCAGUGAAGACAUUGAGAGGAAGUACCAGCAAAACCCCCAGCAGAGCAUGAUCUUCAAAGUGAAGGGACACUCGUACCAGUUGGAUUUUGGAGCGAUGAUCCAAACCAACCUCAAGACCAAGCAUUCACGCAACAUCAGACGUGUGCUAGUAUGAGUAUUAAAGGGGAUUUCGGAGACCUCAAGAAGAAAGUCUACAAACAACUGUACAAUGCCAUACUUUGUACAAUUAUUCUAAUCUGAGAUUCAUUCAUUUUGGGUGUUUGAAGCAUGCAUUUUUAUUGUUAGCUGUAGUAGAUUUGGCUCUACAUUGGUGUCUGUUUCGGACACAUUUUUGCAUUUACAUUAGAAAGGAGUUCAGUAUAAGGUUAAAUUAUACUUAUACGGUUGUUGCGAUUUUUUAAAAACUUGGUUUCCAUAGGGGAUUGUGUCAAAAAACUUAGAAGUUUACCAGCUCAUACCUAAAUGCUGCCUGACAAACUCACACUCAGAUUAUGUACUGUACCAACUUGCCUUUUACAAAGUUAUUGUUUGACACAUACAUACAUGACUUACUGCACACUGCCGUACCAGGGGGAUGCAAUAAUUGUUCUGUUGCUAAAUCUGAAGAAGAUAAGCUAUAGGACAAACACUCCUGAAAUGACCAGACAAAAUAUUUGAUGUUACAUUCAUGCUGCAAUGUAUCUACACACUGCCUCCUCUGAUAUAAUAGAAUUAAAUAAUUUAGAACAAAAUCCAAUGCAAAUACAAGACUAUUUAUAAACAGUAUUAUGCAGCCUAUGCAUAUUACCUUUGAGGUGUUUUACAUAGACUUUAUUGUCCUGUCUUUAUUGUCCCCAAGGGGACAUUCCUUUUCACUGUACACAUCAGACAACAACAGCACACAGUAACAACAUACAAUGACAGACAACAGUACACACUCCAGCCAGUUCAGCAAGGCCUGUUAUUUAAGGAGGCUAUGGCUGCAGGGAUUAGGCUUUUCCCAAAAUAAGCCCUUCUGCACCUCAGUGCUCUGUAUGUGCACCCAAGUACAUGACUCAGUUACAUGUUUACAUUGUGCAAUAAAAAUCCCUAUCUGCAAUUCUUCAGUUCAAUUCAUAUCAUUUUUUGCACAAGAUUGGAAGUCAAGUCUUGGAUCUUAAGGUUUUUUCUGCUUCAUACUUAUGUAUUCUCCUUUGUAUUGAUGUGCCAAUGUGUUCUGCACUGAGCUGGGGAUACAUAUAAUAUAAAAUAUUCUGUAAUGGGAUUUGAAAAUAAUUGCAAAUAAAAAAUGCAUCCAAUA